UGUCAGGCACUAAACUAACAAGCCUCUCAACCCAUGACAUCAAAUUGGCCAAAAGUUGGUUCAUCUCUUAUUCAUUCUUCGAUCAAACGGUUCACAUCAACUGCUAGUCCUUCAAUAUCAAUUCCAGCCAUUCACUGUAAAAUCAGAGACUUGGUUUCCGAAGGACAAUAUCACCGGACACUAGAGAUAUACAAAGAAGAGGUCCAUCUCUCAGGUCUCCAUGCAACCCCCUCCUUUCUUCCGUCGGUCAUCAAGGCAUGCUCUCAUGCUCAGUCCCUAGAUUUUGGCCUUCAGCUUCACUGCAUAAUCCUCAAGACUGGCUCUGAUUCGGAGGCAGUUAUAUCCAAUUCUCUCAUUUCUAUGUAUGCUAAAUUUUCGAUUGUAGAAGCAGCACGUCAAGUGUUCGAUACAGUGCCUAAUAGAGACACAAUCACAUGGAAUUCCCUCAUAAAUUGCUAUUUACAAAAUGGGUGUUGCUUCCAAGCUUUAGAAACGUUUAAGAAAAUGUAUUUAUGUGGUUUUGUACUGAACCUGGAGUUGAUUGCCAGCAUAAUAUCAACUUGUGCGCGGACAGGAGAGUUCAGUCUAGGGAGACAGAUUCAUGCCCUUGUUAUUGUUCAUGGAAUGAUCAAGGAGUCAGUGUUUUUAUCAACUGCUCUGCUUGAUUUGUACAUGAAGUGUCACCGCUCAUUCCUGGCUUUACGUGUUUUCGAAGCAAUGGAGGUGAAAAAUGCGAUUUCAUGGACCGCCAUGAUAUUUGGCUGCACUGCUAAUCAAGAUUACGAUAUGGCAAUCGAUUGCUUUCGAACAUUGCAGGUUGAGGGGAUCAAACCCAAUCGAGUAACGUUACUCGCGGUCUUACCAGCUUUUGCAGAGUUAGGCUAUCUUGAGCGUGGGAAAGAGGUUCAUGGGUAUGCUUUUCGUCGUGGGUUUGUCUCAGAUCAUCAUUUUUCAGCAGCUAUGAUACACAUGUAUUGCAAAUGCCGAGAAACUCUGCGUUCUGCGGAGUUAAUCUUUGAGAAGUCUAUUUUUAGAGAUGUUGUGAUGUGGAGUUCAAUUAUUGGGGGCUAUGCUCGAAGUGGGAAUAGUGCCAAAGCGAUGAAGCUUUAUAGCCAAAUGCAAACUGAGGGAAUUGAGCCAAACUCUGUAACUCUGUUGGCCAUACUUUCUGCCUACACUACUUUAUCUUCACUAAACCAUGGCUGCGGAGUCCAUGGAUAUAUUUUGAAACGUGGCUUGAAUUUUGAAGUUUUCAUUGGCAAUGCACUAAUAAAUAUGUAUGCAAAGUGUGGCUGUCUCAUGGCUUCACAUCAAAUAUUCGAAGAAAUGCCCAUCAGAGACUACACUUCAUGGAGCACAUUAAUCAGUGGUUAUGGUAUUCAUGGUUAUGGUAAAAAAGCUUUGCAACUCUUUCAUGAGAUGCAAGACACAGGAGUGGAGCCAGAUUCGAUCACUUUCCUUGCUGUUUUAUCGGCUUGCAAUCAUAGCGGCCUAGUCGAAGAGGGACGAGAGAUCUUUGAUCAUGUAAUGAAAGAUGAUAAAACACCCUUAACUAUAGAGCAUUGUGCGUGCCUUGUCGAUCUCCUGGGAAGAUCAGGGAAGGUCGAGGAUGCUUGUGAGGUUGUAAGAAGUAUGCCCAUGAAACCAAGUACAAAAAUUUGGAGCUCUUUGGUAUCUGCUUGUAAGGUUCAUGGAAGAUUGGAGAUGGCAGAAAGGUUAGCCCAUUGGCUUAUCAAAUCAGAACCUGAUAACACUGCCAAUCAUACUAUGUUGAGCAUGGUUUAUGCUGAGGCUGGUAAUUGGGUUGGGGUGGAAGAGGUGAGGAGACUCACAAGGGUACAUGGCUUGAAGAAAUGUUAUGGAUUCAGCCGAAUUGAGCUGGAGAACAAGAGCUUGUACUAAGAGCGUCUAUAAAAUAAAUGCACGAUUGUAUUGUAAAUUAUGGAUUUGAGUUGAAUGAGACUAAUUUGGUUAAACUGUUAGUUAGGUAAAAAGAAAGAAAAAAAGAAAAAGAAAAAGUGAAGUAACAUCAAAUGGACUUGCGGGAAAAACCGUAAUUAGGAAAAUACUGUCGUUCGAUGGAAAAGAAAACAUCACAUCUGUAAUGGGUUUUUCUUAUAAUUGGAGUUUAAGGUAAUGAAUUAGAGAAU